GCCCCGCACGUACGCGCCACGGAUGCCGGGAGUCGCGUACGCGAUGGCACCUCCUGGUUUCAGGUUCCCAGUUUCUUCACAUCUCCUGGAACGCAUUUGACUAUGAGGUUAAUGAGGUACCUGCGACGGGCAGCCUCGGCUGGCCCGGGUCCGGGCCCGGGUCCCAACCCAAACCUGGGUCCCGGUGCCGGCCUCGAGCGCAGCGUCCCGGGCCAGGUGGUGGAUUUCUAUUCGCGCUUCUCCCCGUCCCCGCUCUCCAUGAAGCAGUUUCUGGACUUCGGAUCUGUGAAUGCAUGUGAAAAGACCUCAUUUAUGUUUUUGCGGCAGGAGUUGCCAGUGAGAUUGGCAAACAUAAUGAAAGAAAUAAGUCUCCUUCCAGAUAAUCUUCUAAGAACACCUUCAGUUCAGCUAGUACAAAGCUGGUACAUUCAGAGUCUACAGGAGCUCCUUGAUUUUAAGCAUAAAAGUGCAGAAGAUGCUAAAGCUGUUUAUGACUUUACAGACACUGUGAUAAGAAUUCGGAAUCGACAUAAUGAUGUCAUUCCUACCAUGGCUCAGGGUGUGAUUGAAUACAAGGAAAGCUUUGGUGUAGAUCCAGUGACCAGCCAGAAUGUACAGUAUUUUUUGGAUCGUUUUUACAUGAGUCGCAUUUCAAUCAGAAUGCUACUCAAUCAGCAUUCCUUACUGUUUGGUGGAAAAGGAAAAGGAAGUUCAACUCACCGAAAACACAUUGGAAGCAUUAAUCCAAAUUGUAAUGUUGUUGAAGUUAUUAAAGAUGGUUAUGAAAAUGCAAAGCGUCUUUGUGAUUUGUAUUAUAUUAAUUCUCCGGAACUAGAACUUGAAGAACUAAAUGCAAAAUCACCAGGACAGCCCAUGCAAGUGGUUUAUGUACCAUCACAUCUCUAUCACAUGGUGUUUGAACUUUUCAAGAACGCAAUGAGAGCAACCAUGGAACACCAUGCCGACAAGGGUGUUUACCCUCCUAUUCAGGUUCACGUAACACUGGGUAAUGAGGACUUGACUGUGAAGACUAGUCACCUCAAAAGAGAAAUGUGGAUGCCUCAUCACAGCUUGCUACCAUUAUUGGAAGAAACUUCAAAAUGUGUGAUGAGUGAUCGUGGAGGUGGGGUUCCUUUGAGGAAAAUUGAUAGACUCUUCAACUACAUGUAUUCAACUGCACCCCGACCUCGUGUUGAGACAUCUCGAGCUGUACCCCUGGCUGGUUUUGGAUAUGGAUUGCCCAUAUCUCGGCUUUAUGCACAGUACUUUCAAGGAGACCUGAAAUUGUAUUCCUUAGAAGGUUAUGGGACAGAUGCUGUUAUUUACAUUAAGGCCUUAUCAACAGAGUCGGUGGAAAGGCUCCCGGUAUAUAAUAAAGCUGCGUGGAAACAUUAUAAAGCCAAUCAUGAGGCAGAUGACUGGUGUGUGCCAAGCAGUGAACCAAAGGACAUGACCACAUUCCGCAGUGCAUAGCUGCAUCCAGGCCAUCUGAAAAAACAAAACGGGUUUCUAGUAUUAUAUUUGAGAGGGACUUUGGAAAACUGUUACCUAAAACAUUUUACAUCUGAUUUUCACACUCACUGACUGGGUAGAAUAAUUGGAAACUGAAUUCCAUAGCUGUCUUUCAGACCUCCUAAAACAUUGAACUGUGUCAUUUAACUGUAAGAAGAAAGAAAAUUCUAGCUACUGUAUACAUUUACUUUUAACUACUGCAAAUGUGGCAAACUUCCUUUUCAGUGGACUUCAGGGACCAGGUUUCAGGUAUAGAAAUCUCCAGGUUCCUUAUGGGACCUGUGCAAUUUAUCUUACAUCUAUUAAAAACAUUUCUUUAAUUGUACUGAUUAAUUGGUUAACUACCUUUUUAUUAGUCUGGAACAUCUUGUUUUGCUUUAUUUAAUUCCACUUAGGAAUGAGAGUAAAUUAAAAUUGUUUUCACAAUAAUCAAUUGGUUGCACAUAUAAUGGCAGAAAGUUAUUAGCCUGUGGGUUUAAUACCACCUGCUUUUUAUAACUUGCUUUUGUAGUUGACUUAGAGCCACUUAUUUUUAGAAGUAAAUUUUCUUUUUCAGAAUAAUCAAUAUCUAGUUCUCUCUGUUCAGUUAAGAUCCUGUGAAAUUUAUACUGAAUGUUCUUUUGAUUAAUUUCAGGAGGAAAAUUUUUAUUGCUGAAUGACUAGCAACCCUUAACAAAUCUUCAAAAAUUUAGAGGGGGUAGCUCUUUACUGUGUGAUUAUAAUUUGUUUAGUGAUUCUAAUUAUGACAUUGAGAAGCAGUGUGACAUACUUGAUAGAAGGCCAACAUUGGAGUCAGGAAGACCUAGGUCCAAGUCUUGCCCAGCUGUGUAGCAAAGGUCAGCCAUUUAACUUCUUGCCUUAAUUCUGUAAGAUUGUAAGGUGAUUUGUGUUGGUGGAAGGAAUUUUCAUAACAAGAGUUCACAAUAACAAUGAAAUCACAGAUCUAGCUUCCUUCCCUAAAAAGCAAUCCUAAUAAUGGUAGAAUUAUCCAUACAUACGACGUGGGCAUAAUGAUACAGGUCUAGAUUAGAUUUCCAGACAUCUAAAAAACCAUAAUAAAACUUCUCUCAAUUGGUCAGUCUUCCAGCCUCCUCAAUUACUGGGUGUCUGUAUAGGAGGGGCCGUUAUGUAGCUAUUGUGUAUAAGAGAACACAGCAGAAUAGAAAGAAUAAGAAUUUAAUAAAUAACAAUUGAUAGCAGAGAUUAGACUUACGGAUAAAAAGCCAUAUGUAUCUUGGCAGCAUCAUUCUAUCAGCACAAAUGGUAAUUGAUUUUUGUGAUAAGUUACCAAAAAAGACGUCAGUUCUCCUUCAGUAUUGGAGAUGUGACUAUAAAGUAAUAAGACUGUUUUGUGAACCUGUAUCAUUUUUUUAAGCCAGUGGGAGAAGUAUCUCAUACAGUUUUAAAAAAAGCUUUUUAUUUGAAAAUGUUAAAAUAGUUUCACUUAUAAAGGAUAGUAUGUUUUCUGAUGAUGCAGGUUAAAUGAGGUAUUACCGCCUAUGCUAUAUAAACAUUGCUAAUUUUGGAGGCAUGAUCAACUACUAAAAAAAAAUCCAAUGUAUUAUUAAUUUACUACAUAUUAGUAGAUGAAGGGCAAAUGAUUCUGACUCAUUAACAUUGCUGUUUAUAACUGUCUUCAAAUUUUCUAGCAAUAAUGAUGUAUAAACUUUUGGAACUCUUUAAAUCAGAAUAGGUUUUAAAUAAAUUAUAAAAUGGGCAUCAUCUUUCUUAAAAUGAAAUUUUUACAGUUGAGGCAUACAAGAUUGCCAUUUCCAAUUUUUUAGUCCCAUCAUAAAGUGUCUUUUUCCUUUAGAUAGCUUAACUCAGACAUACUUACACUUUUAGAUAGGGUGAUUGAUUUGGAUUUCUUUCUAAUAAUUGUGAUCAUCCACAGAAACUUACAAAUAUGAAAUUUUUUGUUUCCUCCUGGUUCCUUAUCAUUUAGCAUAUUACUUGACUAAUUAAUGGUUCUUGAUGGCUCUAAACUGUUUUAAAACAUAUAUUCACCAAGGCCUAGUUUAUGCAAAUAUGGUGAAGAUAAUUUACUUUUAACUGUAAUGUAUAGAUGCCAUUCGUUUUCUGAAUCAGUAGAGCUGAGAAAACUAUGAACUGUUUUAGGAGGUCAUAGUAAAGUAGAUAUUCUGUUUUGGCUAUGUUCAUACCCAUCUGUGGUUUCCUUUUCUUGAAUCAGGAAAUUUAAGUGAGAUAUUCAAAUAAAGUAUAAAGUAUAAUUUUAUGAAACA